AGGUUGGUAUAAUGUCGAAAACCGCCGCUCUCACCGAUAUUGAAAAGUCAAAGGCGACGAUUUCCUUCUGGAAAUUCAUAGCCAUGUUCAUUCAAGCUCUUUUUCUCAUCGGACUUGUUGAAGAUCUCUGCUAUUACCAUAUGUUCUAUAGCAGACAAUAUUUCUUCCUCGAAAUCCUCGUGACAAUUCACACCGGAUUUUCGUUCAUCGUGUUCCUCAUUGAGCACAAGCCUCUCAUCAUGCUCCAUGUCGGUUACAUGACUCUUCUGACCAUCAUUCCGAUUGCUUAUAUGGUCAUGCAGGGUGUUGAGUUUGGAAUCCUCAUCUUCGAUGACUAUCACAUUCUCGUUUUCCGCGAUUUUCAUAAGUUUGGAUGUUCCAUCAUGUUCUCCCUAUACUACAUUGGAUACAUUGUCGUGUGCUUCCUGUUCAUCGAAGCUCUCGAAAAGAAACCAGUUCUCCCACAGGUUUAUUCGAUCAAGCCAAAGCUUGUUGCCGCGGUUAAUCCAUCGAAUAAUUGCAAUGUUUACCCAAUGCUCUGAGCCCCUAGUGCCACAAUUUGUUACCUUGUUUUUUUGUUCUCUCGUUGUUCAUCCCGAAGAGCUCUAGCUCAACUGCUUGUUUUGUUGUUUUAUUAAAAAACUUGUUCUCAAAA